ACGUCUCAUAGAAGUUUGAAACUGACGAAGGGACAAAAAUAUUUAUAUAAAAGCUGACGCAAGGGCGCUAAAUACAAACGUACAAUCAAUAAAGUGUGAUUUAAAAUUCCUAUAUUUAUAAAAGAAUCUUCACAGUCAAGAAUCUCCUGGUAAAUUUACGCCAGGUGCAUUUAUUUAAUGAAAAUAAGUCAAGAGCUAGCUGCUAGCAUGCUAACUGCGUAGCUUUAGCAGCCUCGAUGAAAAUACUCAAUAUUACUGUGUUUACUAAAGAUUUAUAAAACAAUACAGUUGUGUCGAGCCCGUAAAACGCCGUAUUUAUUUUUGACGGUAUGUUUUAUUCUAAACUGUGAAUUAUGUUGAUGUGAUAGUCUAAAAUGUGUGUGCUAAUUGGGACUCAGUGGUGUUUCUUGAAUUUUAUUUUCUGUGCUUGCCAAUUAUUUGCUUGUUAUCAUAAAUUGGCUGUCAUUAGAGUGUUUUUCUGAUGUAUGGGGUAAAAUCAAAAGUGUUAUGCAUGCUGGACCAAUGAUGCAAGGCCUGUGCAUCACAGAUGUGUGUAACUGUCAAAAUGGCUCCUCGGUUGCAGCUGGAAAAAGCUGCUUGGCGGUGGGCAGAGGCAGUAAAACCAGAGGACAUCACACAUGAACAUAUCGAGUUAGCUUAUAGGAUCGCAGUGCCGGCGUGCAAAAGAGGGGCAUGCAGGAGGAACUGUAAAGGGAAUCCUAAUUGUCUAGUCGGUAUUGGGGAACAAUCAUGGUUAGGAGAAAUUGAUGAAAAUACCUUCCACAACAUUGAUGACCCAAAUUCAGAAAGACGAGAUAAGAACACAUUUGUGGGCCUGACGAACCUUGGCGCCACAUGUUACGUGAACACUUUCCUCCAGGUGUGGUUCCACAAUCUGGAGCUCCGCAGAGCCUUAUAUCGAUUUCAAAAUUCCAGAGCUGAAGGACACAACACGGAUUCAGAUUAUGAGCCACGGACGAUAUGCGAACAUCUCCAGUAUCUGUUUGCAUUGCUACAGAACAGCAACAGACGGUAUAUCGACCCCUCAGGGCUGGUGAAGGCUCUUGGGCUCGACACAGGGCAACAGCAGGAUGCUCAGGAAUUCUCCAAACUCUUCCUAUCACUUCUUGAAGACACACUUUCAAAGCAGAAGGACCCACAUCUCCAAAAUGUCAUCCAACAGCAGUUCUGUGGACAGUUCUCUUAUGUUACCGUAUGCAACAAAUGUGGACGUGAGUCUCCUCUACCAUCACGAUUUUAUGAGCUGGAGCUGAACAUUCAAGGACAUAAAAACCUCACGGAGUGUGUUACAGAGUUUUUGAAGGAGGAGAAGCUGGAUGGUGAUAAUCGUUACUAUUGCGAGAGCUGUCAGAGUAAACAGAACGCCACCCGUCGGAUCAAGCUCCAGAGUCUUCCCCGCACAAUCAACUUUCAGCUCAUGCGAUUUGUUUUUGAUAGGCAAAGUGGUCAUAAGAAGAAACUUAACACCUUCAUUAGUUUUCCAGAAGUUCUUGACAUGGGGCCGUUUUUGGAAGGAAAAGAAGAGAAGUGCACGUAUGAGCUCAGCGCCGUGUUGAUUCAUCGUGGCGUGAGCGCAUACUCUGGUCACUACAUUGCCCACGUAAGAGAUGCCCACACAAAUGACUGGUACAAAUUCAAUGAUGAGGAGAUUGAGAAAAUGGAGGGCAAGAAACUUCAGCUGGGCGUUGAGGAAGACAUUGCCGAGACAGGCAAGUCUCAAACCCGAAAGCCAAAAUGUAGCAAAGGCUAUCACUGUUCGAGGAACGCAUACAUGUUAGUGUACAAACAGCAGACAGAAGAGAUUGACCAAACAGAAUCUAACGUUGAAGUACCAGUUUUUCUCCAGAAGCUAGUUGACCAGGACAACAAGAAGUUUGAGGAGUGGUGUAAUGAGAUGGCAGACAUGCGAAAGCAGAGCGUUGACAAAGGCAAAGCCAAACAUGAGGAGGUGAAGGAGCUCUACGAAUUGUUACCCGCGGAAGACGGCCAGUCAUAUGAGUUUGUGCCUCUGGAGUGGCUGAAGAAAUGGCUUGAUGACUCCACGGCCAUCAAGGAAAUUGACAACAGCCAAUUCCUGUGCUCCCAUGGCAAACUGCACCCAGACAAGAUUGGCGAGGCCAAAAGAAUAUCCUUGAAGGCUGCCAAUCUCCUUUUUGGCCGCUACGGAGGAGGACCCAGACUAGACCGGUCAUACCUUUGCAGAGACUGUGUCACUCAGCGAUGUCGGGUGAUCAGACUGAAAAACCAGCUAAAUGAAGAUUACAAAGAGGUCACAAAUCUUGCCAAAGCCUCUUUGAAAAGUGAUGAAUUAGGGUUCUGGAUUGGUAAGGCAUCUCUAAGGAGCUGGAGACAAUUGGCAUUAGACCAGCUAGAGGAGGAUGAGGAGGAAACCAAACACAACAACAGCAAAAUUAACGGAGAGAAAAGCAGCAGCCCAGGAGCUAAAGCUGAUGGAGUUAAAGGAGAUACCGAUGACAGGGACGGUGAAGAGAUGAAGAACUUUAAUGAAGACAUUCUCUGUUAUCAUGGUGGUCUGAGUAUACUAGAGAAUGACAGACGGCUGGUUUCUGCAGAGGUGUGGAAUAAACUGCGGAUGUAUUUCCCCAAAGCACCAGAGUUCACGCAACAUCACGAGCCCUGUCAGCAGUGCAUGAGGCUGGAAAGGGAAGGGAAAGAGAAUGAGGCUUUGAACAGAAUGAUGGCAAAUGAACAGAAGAGCUCCCUGCUCAACCUCUUCCAGGAGAAAAAUCGGCCCACGCUGCAAAAAUGGCCACAGGACACAGAUGUUCUGUUCAUUGUACCCCUUUACUUUGUAGAAGAAUGGAGGAAAUUUAUCAGGAGGCCAGCAAAGAGUAACCCAGUGUCCAAUGUGGGGAACAGUAUCCUGCUCUGCCCUCAUGGAGGCUUCAUGUUUACCUAUGACUCCAUGCUGCAAGGAGACGCCCAACAUAUAGCUCUUCUCUGGCCUGCUGAAUGGGAAGUAAUCAGCAAAAUGUUUCUGGUGGACCAGCCCAUCUCCAUAUGUCGGAUUUAUGACAAAACGCAAGACAAUGGCAAUGUGCAAUACCAGACUCAUCCAGAUUUGUGUCGAGAAUGCAGAGAGGGCUUCAUAUUCCAGCAGCAGAGGGACAUGAGGGAGUACGCGCAGGCCACUGUGUAUGUUCGCAAAGUCAUUGACAAGAAAAUGAUGAUUAAGGAAUCUGCCCCUGAGUUCAGUGUGAGUGGGUCAGAUGUUGAAGAUGAAAGAGAAGAGCCAAAGAUAGAUGGAGAGAAAGAUCCAGACUUCAGUCAGCUCCCUUCUUUACAUCAGUCUGAGGGUGGAGCCAAACGACAGAAGCUGAACGAGACCGUCUCUCUCUCUACACCCGCUGUUGCCUCUGCCUCCAAGUCGGGCAUCAGGAGGAGCACAAGGCACAGGAAACUCCGUGGGGAGAAGGCCCUCAUCGUCUCUGCCAACCAGACGCUCAAAGAGCUAAAGAUCCAGAUCAUGCAUGCAUUCUCCGUGGCUCCAUUCGAUCAAAACCUUUCCAUAGACGGACGCUGUUUAACAGAUGACUCCGCCACACUAGGAAGUCUUGGAGUCAUCCCAGAGAGCAUCAUAUGCCUUAAGGCUGAUGAGCCCAUUGCUGAUUAUGCUGCAAUGGAUGAUGUUUAUCAAGUCUGUAUGCCUGAAGAAGGAUUUAAAGGCACUGGACUAUUAGGACACUGACGGAGGCUUCAGAUGUGGAACAAUGCUGACAAUGUCUGAGCAAGGAUAAAGCUUGAAUUACACAUAGAUAUUCAUUCUUGGGAUGACUUCUUUUGUUAUUUUUUAUUUUAUUUGUUUUUGAAUGUUGCAACAACUUCAAAAGUGUCUUUUUGCUUUAAAACAUCGUGCUGGCUUUUAAUAUUGAAAGAUGUUGAUGCAUUCUGCAAGGUUUUGUGGUCGUGCUUACCAUGACUGUGAAAAAUACGGGUCGAGAUUUCCUCAAAGGACGUUCCAUUUCAAGGAAAAUCUGAAUUCCUCCUUGUUUGUUGCAAUGUCAUGUUCAGAGAUUAUGGUCUGAUGAUAUUUUGUGUGUAAAACAGUAAGUCUCUGUAAAUCCUUUGUUGAAAAGAAGCUUGUGAUGGCACUGCAAUAGAGCUCGUACAUAUUUAAGAAUGCAUGAGCAACUUGAAUAUUAAAAAAUAUUUAGUCUUUGUUUCGUUAAUGUAAAUAACCUCAUCAAAAUACAGCAGUGAAGAAAAGUCUAGAAAAAUGAGGAUAAAUAGGAGACAUUUCCGAAUGUGGAAAUAUUACAGCAUUGCUAAAUAGUUUAGACAUGUUCUGCUACUUGAAAUAUGUAGCAGGCAUUUGUGUGAACUUUUCUGUAUGUUCUUUCAUAUGGGCAAUAAAUAUUCUUUUUACAUCUUCA